UACAUUUAAAUCUUACUGUAAAUGGAUCAAAAACUUUCGAUAUUCGAUAAUUGAAAUCAUUGACUAUCGAUAAGUUCAGGUUUUCGAAAAAUUCGACACUCGAAUAAUUUUGUAAAAUAUUGUCUUCUAAUAUAUUUUGGAAAUAUUUUGUAGUUUUAUUCAAAAAUGAAUAAGAGCAAUAGUAAAACGGGAAGUAAAUAUAGAGUUAAUCGUCCUCAACGUCUACGCCAUGAAGAUUUGAGUCAAACAAAUUCUGUACAACAAACUACGCAGACGACGACAAAGAUUAUUAAAGAAGAAAAUAAUCCAAUAGAAACACCUGCUAGUACGUUGAAAAUGGAUUAUUUAACUGAUAGGAGAAUAUCGCAAGCUGAAAUUGACAGACGUUAUACUUGGCUGCAACAAGCAAGAAUGAGCAUUUCAUCUACAAAAGAUCGUUGUCGUAUCAUUCAUGAGGUUCGGUUUCCUGAUACUUUUAAUGGUCUGUACAGUGUACGUUUUUCUGCUGAUGGUGAAGUCAUGGUUACGUGUUUUGGAACAGGCGGUAUUCAAAUUCGUAGCGGCGAAACUGCACAGUUAAAAGCAACAUUGAGAAGCGGAAUGGAAACUUCGUUUCCAGUUAUGUGUUGUAGAUUUCAUCCUUUAAAAAAGAAUACGUUCUAUACGUCUAGCGCAUGCGGUAAUAUUUUCCAAUGUACUACGGACAAAAAUGAAUUAAUCAAAUUUAUUUCAGAACCGAAAAACGAAAUUAAUACUAUAGACGUUAGCGUAGAUGGAAAUUAUUUGGUUACUGGUGGCAAAGAUGCAGCCGUUAGAAUUUACGAUUCCGAAAUCGGCAAACUAGUACUGACGUAUCAAAAAACAGACGCUGAUAUGCUGCAUGAAAAAGUCACGAGAUUUCAUCGCAUGAGAAUAUUCGCUGCGAGGUUUCACAAUAUUUAUUCGGAUUUGAUUAUUACCGGAGGCUGGGACGAUACAGUUAGAAUUUGGGAUAUCAGAGACGGUGGUGGAUCCAUUAGAACGAUCAAAGGGCCUCACAUUUGUGGCGACGCUAUUGAUUUACGAGAAUCACACAUUUUGACGGGUUCUUGGGUCGUUCGUGAAAGUCUUCAAAUUUGGGACUUGAUGAGUGCUAAAUUAAUCAAGACAAUUAAACCACGAAACAGACCAACUACCUUAGAAGGAGAAUUCCUUUAUACAGUUCAGUAUUUUGAUGGAGAUCCUUAUGGGGAUCAUAUACUUGCUGGUGGUUCUGGUACCGGUGCUGUUGAAAUAAUCAGUAUAAAGGAACAAAAGGUAAUGGGUAGUUUCAACGUAAAUAAACCGGUUGUUGCGUUGGACAGUAAUGGAACUACAAUAGUCUACGGUGGUAUGGAGUCUGUAAUUAGGCUUGGUAAUUAUAGUUAAGAAGAAAAUUUUAACUAAUUUUAAUAUUACAUC